GGGUCCUUUCAUUCACCAAAAAUGAUCUUAUACAUUGCUUAUUAGUACAUACCAUACUUGUAUUUUUGGGCUUUAAAAAAUAUUUCUAGCCUGCUCUUUGCUGCGCUGGCGAUGCAAAAGUUGGUAUGCAAUGGGCUCAGAUGCUGAGGCUAAAGGCGGUCGACAGACUGUGCAUGUUAUACACGGUAUGCUUCACUUCUAUUAAAUAUUUACUCCCCCUAAAGGGGCAAUGCUAGCAUGCUUUCUAGUGUAAGGCUCAUGCAUGGUUUUAACAUAAUAAACAGCUUUCUAAUACUUUUAAUAUAUUUAGCCCCUCUGUUCUUGUAUGCCUAGAAUACUAUGCAUUUAUUUGCGAAAUAAAAUUGUGUGUGGUCGUAGCCCUGACGUUUUUGAACAUAGAUCUUGACGUACACUACGUCGACCCAGCAGCGAUGGGAAUUCUCAAUUCUAAAGCGGUAAUUAUUCAAGAAGGGAGUUUUUAAUGAUGAAAACUUUGUUCAUACUUUAAGUAAAAAAAACAAUCAAAUGUAUUGAAUAUUGGUUUACACCAUUUAAAUAACUUUUUCUUUUAGCUUAUGAUUCUUUUUAGGGCAUUCAGACCCCCAUUAAGCAUCAUAUUCCGUAUCAGAAUGUGAAAAAUAACCUUAUCAUUUCUCAAUAAAAAAAUAUCUACGAUGUUGCAUAUUUACAUAAACUACGCCAAUUUUUUCUCAAUAUUAAUUAUUAUUUAUCCAAUAUCAUUAGAUGAACAAUCCUUUUCAUAUAAUGCACUUUCUGGUGAUGCUACGUGCGGCUCCUUCUACUUGAUCAUCCUGGAAAGUGUCGCGUCCGAGGAAAAAAAAACUGAUGAUAUAGAAAAAUAUCACUCGGAAAAAGAUCAAAGUCAAAAUGAUAAAACAUGCAGUAAAAUCCUUUAAAAAAAAUUAACAUGUUUUGGGUGAUGCGAUAUUUAAGACUCAAUGGCGUCGGUGUGGAGGCUUCGAGUAUGUCUGAAUUUUCCAUCUGACUCCUUCCACAUAUAUUUUCCAACUCCGCGCUCAGCGGCACGUGGCUUCAUGAUAGGUUACUCUUUUUACGCCCCUUUAUAAAGAUCCUCCUGGUGAUCCGUAUAAGUAAGAUAUUCACAUGCUUUAGACUCUGAUGGGAGUGUGGAGCUUGAGAAGUUAGUAAAGUGUUUUUAUGGAACAAAUCAGCACUACAGCUUGCUACAUCCUACUCAGAGGGAAGGAUCUCAGUUGACAGGGCUGGCAGUUAGAAUAGCUAAAUCUUCUUGUCUCGUUGCAAUCAACUAUUCAUUUUACGUCCUUUAAUUGUCGAUAUCGUCACGUAGUUUGUGGUGAUUGUCUCUCUUCUAAAGAGUGUGAACCCACUCUCUGCCAUUAAGGGUCUGUGUGCGAAUAUCGUAAAGGGAAUCGGCUACUGGGGAAGGGGUUUGCAUGUGUCCAAGUAAGAUGAACCUUAUGGAUCUUUGAUAAGAAGGCAACUAAGGGUUGUAGUCUAUUUUACAGCUCGGGGAGAUUUGAGGAUUCAAAGUAAAAGGUGAAGCUUGAGCCUUAACCUUUUUUUUCCAUCUUUUAAUGGAAAAGCAAAUCCCUAACCCCAAAAUGGUCAAACAAAGGUCACUUUUUGAUGUUAUUUCCCUUGUUUAAUCCGAUCAGGUCCGUGCUAAGCUAUCACAUCACUUCACUUCCCCCCUUUAUUUUGGGGAUCUCCCUUAGCUAGGGUUUCUCUAUAACUGAAAAACGAGUUUUCUCCUGAUUGGUGAUGCGAGCCACCAGGCGUGUGGUGUCACGCGCGAUACCGUGUCCCCCCGCAGCCUUUUACAGCACCCUGCGCGAGGCGGUGGGGACGGCGCGCGCGUUGGGCCUCCUGCGCGACGCGAAUCGAUCCCGUCCAGUCCCCAAGGAGGAGGAGGAGGGGGUGCCCGACUGGACGUACAUUGCGCAGAAGCAGCAGGACGUCUACGCGAGCGGGUACACGGCCGAGGGCCCCGCCGUUGCGGCCACGCCUGCUUGUGUCAAUUUGGCCCACAUCGAGGGCGUCGUGCGCGAGGUGGGCUGCGGUGAGGCGCGGAGCCACGGGGAGGUGGGGUCGGAACCAGGGCCCCGCGUGGCCCUCCGCCGCGCCGUGUCGUUGAUCGCCCCGGCGGUGGCGCAGGACGUCGUCGUGCAGCUGUGGCUCGACAUCGCGGAGGGCAGCGGCAAAGCCCCCCUGGCGGUGCGUGGCCACCUGUCCAGGGCCGUCAUCGAGGCCGCCGCCGCGGAUGCGCGCUGCGACGACACGGCCCCCACGGAGAACGGUGGUGGCGCUGCUGCCGCGCCGGGAAGCAACCCGAAGGAGGUCAACCCCACCACGGCUGGCGCCGAUUGCUGCUUGGUAUGGUACGCCAAACGCCUUCGCCGGGAGCUGGAGCACAAACGCGUGAUAGUUUCCGGGAUGAUCCGUGUGGAGCAGCGGUAUGACGCUGAUGCGGACAAAUUCAUUGAGGUGCCGUAUAUUCAAUUGCCCAGGGACGGGCUGAACAUGUCAUACCACAUUAUUUCUUAG